AUGUCGGAAAUGGAGGAAAACAACUUCAUGGCGAUGAACGUGGAAGCCGGUCAGAAAUACCGAACGGCAGGGUUUACCCAAAGACGGUUCCUCAACCUCAACGCCAAGUCAGGUCGAAACUCCUGUCAUGUGUUCUGUCGCCGAUUUUUCAUAUGUAUUCUACUCCUGACGGUGGUUGUGCUCUCGUCCGUGAUAUAUGCUGCCAUCCAUUUUGCGAGAACCCUGCCGGAUGUUUGCCACACCAAGGAAUGCCUACGGUCCGCUGCUGCUUUCAAGCAAAGCAUGGACUUAACCGUUGAUCCUUGUGACGAUUUCUACUCGUAUGUUUGCGGCAAUUGGGCCGACGAUCAUCCACGGCCGGAAAUGCGGGGCGAAUACGAUUGGUUCGGUGAACGGCAGAUCAAAAUCUUUCGCAACAUUCGGGCCAAACUGGAAACCAAUGCCAGCCGGUCGGAUCCCAAGCCGGUGGCACAGUCUAAAGCGAUGUACAAAUCUUGCUUAGAUUAUGCUGCUCGAAAAAAGGAAGGUUUCAAAGCCGUUAGUAAGUAUCUGAAAGAGUUUGGACUUCCAGCGGUUCCUACGCUGCUUAAUCAGUCCAGAAUUUCAUCCCGUAACUACAAGUUCGACUGGGUCAGCUCGGUUGCCAAGAUUCAACGGAAGCUUGGAUUUAAUGUGAUAAUUGGUUUUGAUAUUGUACCUGAUCAUUUGGAUAAGAAUCGAAACAGGCUUACACUGGAGUAUUUCUACACUCCGGGAGAUUUUCAGUUUCCAUUUUAUGAAUGGUCGAAGUUUAAGCCAAAAGGUCACAGUCGUUCGAGCAAGCGAAGGAUAGUGGAUAGUGAAGAGGAGGAAGAUGAAGAUGAAAACGAGAAGUCGCUCAAUCCUGAAGACGUUGCUGAAUUGCUGGAACAAACCGUCGAGGCAAUCCAUCCAGGUUUGAACAUAAUGAAAUGGAAAAAUCGGUUCGUACCCUUGGCUGAGCAGUUUAUUGCCUUUCAUAAAGCCUUGCCGGAGCGAUAUGAGUCUGAGGAUGACGAUGCAGACUACUACAGCGUCGAAGAACUACAAAAGCUCACUGAUUCGUACAUUGCUCCAAAGAAACCCUAUCCCGUUUGGCAACGCUAUUUCAACGUACUAUUCGAUGACUUUCCAAAUGCUAAGCCUCGUCCGGAUGAAAAAUUGCAGAUGGACAACGGAACGGUUCAGUAUUUGCUGAAACUGAUAGACUCUGUAUCUCGUCAGUCACAAGCCCAAAUUGAAUUGUACGUUUGGAGCCGGGUGGCGAGUUUUCUGGUAGAUCAUGAACUGAACGAUGUCGAGUCCGAGCAGGAGUGUGCCGAAAAUGUGCACCGGUUUUUGGGUUUGGCCGUGAGCUAUGCUAUCGCAGAUCAGAACUUCUUAACCGGGACAAAACCACGCAUCGAACGAAUGCUAAGGGAAAUUGGUACUGAAUUCGAUGGCAUAGUGCUCGAAACGGAUUGGAUGGAUGCCUACACGAAGUAUGCAUCGCUGGAGAAAUCCAAAGCAAUGAAAAGUUUAAUCGGGUUCCCGGAUUGGAUCAUGGACUCGAAGAAGCUGAACGAAUACUACCAGGGGCUGCGCGUGGACGAACAUCGCUAUCUGGAAAACUGGGUGAGUGCUAUUGAAUUUCUGCAGACCGAUAGACUACGCUCCUGGCAGGUGAAGAACAACCGUGUCUGGGAUAUGGAUCCUACGGAAGUGAAUGCGUUUUAUUUGGCUGAACGGAAUGCUAUUUAUAUUCCUGUAGCUAUAAUACAGUACCCGUUUUAUUAUCUUGGAUUAGAGGCGCUGAACUAUGGAGCACUCGGGGAAGUACUUGGGCAUGAGUUGACGCAUGGUUUUGAUAAUUCAGGACGCCAUUUUGACAAGAACGGAAACUUGGAACGCUGGUGGUCCAACCAAACCAUACGGGAAUACGACAGCCGAGCCGAUUGUUUUGUAAAACAAUACGGUAGUUAUUAUGUCAAGGAAGCAAAGCAAUACGUCAACGGCAGCUUAACCCUGGGGGAAAACAUUGCCGAUAACGGUGGCCUGCGGGAAGCAUUUUGGGCCUACAAAUCGUUCAAGAAAGAACACGGUCCUGAGUCGACCCUGCCGGGAUUCGAAGAAUUCACUCACGAACAACUGCUGUUCAUUUCGUAUGGCAAUCAAAAUUGUCAAAUUAUUUCACCAAGUGUCGCCAAAGGUCUACUGCAGGAUGAGCAUAGCCCGUCGAGAUUUCGAGUGCGAGGGGUUCUGAGUAAUAUGCCGGAAUUUAGUGAAGUUUUUAACUGCCCUAUCGGCAGUGCUAUGAAUCCGGAGAAAAAAUGUCGCAUUUGGUGA